CCUUUUGUAUGUCAGCUGCAGCUGAUGUAUGUUUGAAAACAUUUUUAUAGGUUAGACAAAUAAAAGAGUUUCUAAAUUUCAAACUAAUAUAUUACUUUGAAAAAGAAAUUGCAAUGUCCGGUGAUAAAUCAUCUAAACCGAAUGGACUGGGUACAGAUCCCAUGCAGAGGCUCGCUUCAUUAAAAGCACCCAGAGAUCUUAUGCUUGGAGGAGUCAAACCAAACAAAAAAGUCUUCACACCUAACUUGAACGUAGCUCGGAGUAAAAAUAAAGGACAAGCAACAACAAGUGCCAAAGAAACAAGGAAUGAAGAGAAGAACAGCAGGGAUUCAAACAGGAACCGGAAUUUUAACAGGAAUCAGAGAAAUGGGCCAACACUAAUAAAAUCUGCUGGUGUCUUCUCUGAAGGCAUCGGUUCAUCAGAGAGGCAUUCUUCAAGUCGCUCGUACUACGGGCGGGACACAGAAAAAACUACAAACAUUAUGAAGAAGCCAGCUAUCAGAGUAAAGGAUUUCGUGAAGAUCGACAAAGAACUGGAGGAGAAGAAGAUAAAUAUGAUUUUAAGAGGAGGCGAUACUGACGAGCUGGAGUCCAUCGACUUUAAGGACAUCCUCGACAGGGACGCACCCAUCAAACUACCCAUGGAUGAUGGGAACUGGGCCAAGACUCAUGCGAAACCGAAAGUCAAGGUUAAAGAAGAGAUUGUUGUCAAGACAGAACCCCGGGAAGAUGGCGACUGUGUUAUAAGCACACCAGAACGAAAGCCAGACGUGAAGGAAGCGUUUGAAGAUACCGACUUAGUGAACUUACUUAAUAACGACAAAUCAACAUUAAUUAUGUUGCAGCUUCCCUCGAGUCUCCCGGGCAGAGGCGGCCGCGUCGAGGACGACGUUCCCCGGAGGAGGACCAAGAACGAGCCCGGCCCGUCCGCCGGGGGGGGCGCGGACCCCGGCGCGGCGGACGAGCAGGAGGAGGACAACAAGUGUCGCCUGACGGACCUCGAGGAGGGUAGGAUCGGCAAGCUGCAGCUCCACAGGUCGGGGAGGGUCACCCUGGCUUUAGGAGAAACUGUAUUUGAGGUAUCGAUGGGCACAAAAGCUGCGUUCCACCAAGAACUGGUUUCUGUAAGUACUGAUGACGCGUCACGCUCAGCCAAGGUGACCUCCUUAGGCGCUCUCCGACAUAAACUAAACGUGAUCCCGGAUUGGGAAACAAUGUUUCGGGAUAUUCCUCUAUAGAAAUAAUAAAACCAUUCAGUUUUCAUUGCCAAGUAAUUUAAAAAAAAAAAACUGAUCUUAAAAAGACUAAUUAAUAUUGUCUAAACACUGAAUUGUUAUUCCUAAACUUCCUAUCUACCUUAGCAUUAACUACUGUUGUUGUUGUAUGAACUAAUUUAUUAUAUUAUCAAUUGCAAAAGCAAUAAAAUAAUACUUUAAAGAUGUGUUUGUAACGGAAGAAACCAUUAAUCGACUUUAGAUUACAUACAUACCUAGGCAUUUUGACGUAUUUCGUCGUAGUAUUUUUUGACAAAUUCUUGAAGUAAUAUAGUGUACAAGUUUAAAAGUAUAAUAAAGGUGUAAUUUGAAUAAUUUAUUAAGCGAAAAUGCGCAAGCGUGGGACUAAAACCGCAGGACGUGGAAUCUUGUGUUCUUCAAAAAGUUCUUUGAAGUAUCAGUUAAUUCCCGCCUAAUUACGGAGUAUUCUGUAUUAAAUUUUGAGGUUAAUUUAAUAUGACAAAAUGUUAGAAAAAAAAACUCUAGUAAAAGAACGUUAAAUAGUUUUUAGCAAAUUGUCAGUAAAAACCCCACUUUAAUGUUUUCGGGGGUGAUUGGGGGGAAGAUUUAUCCCUUUCCCGUAAACCGAAUAUAGAGUUCCAAUAUAGACAGUGACUUUUAGUUUAUAGAACGGAAUUAAAUCAUGAUUUUAUAGAAUAAUUUUGAACAAAAUUAUCAAUGUAUCAAUACAAAAGUUCUUUUAGUUUACGUGUCUAGACAAUCGUUUUUAGGAUAAUUUCUAAUUAGUAUGUAAGUUUUUAUGUUUGUAAAUAAUAAAUUAUGUUGUAAUUGA